AAUAUCUUUGUAAGUGUCAACCAGCUUCAGUUGUUGACGUAAACAUCUGUGCGUAAACAUGCGCCUGGUAUACUAUACGCUACUUGUUUUUGUGUUUGAUGUUAUCAACGUAAGAGAGAAGUGUCACGCCGAAAGCACCGUACCAUGGUACGAAUCAUUACCGGCAGUAGCGAUGGACUAUAAAGUCCACAUAGACGCUGGUAAGGAAGACUGUUAUUUCCAGUACGUGAAUCCCGGUGCAACAUUUUAUGUUAGUUUUCAGGUACUACGAGGUGGUGAUGGGAUGGCUGGCUUUGCUGUGAGGCAUCCAAAUGGGCAGAUAGUUCACCCAUAUCAAUGGAGACCUAGUGCAGAGUAUCAAGAACAAACAUCCACAGGGGGAUACUAUAGUGUCUGCAUUGAUAAUCAGUUUUCCAGGUUUGCAGCUAAGCUCGUCAACCUGUACAUCACAGUUAUCAGGUAUGAUCAAUGGGAUAAGUUCACCAAGGAAAUGGAAGAAAUGAACUUAAGUGUGGAAAAUUUCACGAUGUCUAUAAAGAAGGUGGAACAUAAUAUAAAUGAGAUGCUGCAGUUGCAGUAUCACAGUCGGAGUCGUGAAUCGCGUGAUUAUAAUCUUCUCCUGGAUAACAACAGUUAUGUUCAGAAUUGGUCAAUUGCACAGAUUCUGCUCAUAACAUGUACUACAACCCUGCAAGUUUACUUUGUUCGGAAGCUCUUUGAUGUGAAAGAUGCCAGAGGUGGUCGCCCUCGUGCCUGAAACUGUGUCCUUAAGUUAUGACACCAGAAGAUAGUUGACAUUGUUUUAGAAAGUAAAGUUAUGCACAUAAACUUUCAUCGUUUCCAGUGGCUUCUGAAAGGCAUAAGACUACUUACGCAUUUUUGUUCAGUAUUUUUUGAGAUAAGGUACAGGUAAAAGACUGUAAUAUAAGUUAUUACUCAUGUUUUGAAAAAGUCAUUAUUUUCAUGAUAUUUAAUAUUCUUUCAGUGCUGUUAUGUAAAAAAACUAUUUUGUAUUUGUUGUAUACAUCAGAAUUACAGAUAUUUUUGACAUA